ACUUUAUGUCUGCCCCUCGCGACUGUCCUCUUCCGCCCCUUGUUCAAUACCGCAUCAGCCUGACUAGGAAGGCUGGUCAGGCGGCAGAGGCUGUCGCUGUUCUGAGAGGCAGGGCUCGGUGUGGAAGAGAUGAGUCGAACAAAGGGCGAUGAAGAAGAGUAUUGGAACAGCUCCAAGUUCAAGGCUUUUACCUUUGAUGAUGAAGAUGAUGAGCUCUCACAGUUAAAGGAAUCCAAGCGGGCCGUGAAUAGCCUUCGAGACUUUGUGGAUGAUGAUGAUGAUGAUGAUGAACUGGAGCGAGUCAGCUGGAGUGGAGAACCUGUGGGAAGUAUCUCAUGGUCCAUCAAAGAGACUGCUGGUCACAGUGGGUCAACCCAUGAAGGACGCGAACAGCUAAAGGGCCGAAAUAGUUUCUCCUAUGCCCAGCUACCCAAACCUACAUCUGCCUACUCCCUGAGCAGCUUCUUUAGAGGUAGAACUAGACCUGGAAGUUUCCAGUCUCUUUCUGAUGCUCUGUCAGACACACCUGCCAAAAGCUAUGCUCCAGAGCUGGGGAGGCCCAAGGGGGAGUAUAGAGAUUACAGCAAUGACUGGAGCCUCAGUGAUACAGUACGACGCCUUCGAAAGGGCAAGGUCUGCUCACUGGAAAGAUUCCGCUCCUUACAGGACAAGUUACAACUCCUAGAAGAGGCAGUAAGCAUGCAUGACGGAAAUGUCAUUACUGCAGUUCUGAUCUUCCUGAAGAGGACAUUGAGCAAAGAGAUCCUUUUCCGAGAGCUGGAGGUGCGACAGGUUGCCCUCAGACAUCUCAUUCACUUCCUUAAGGACAUAGGGGAUCAGAAGCUCCUUAUAGACCUCUUCAGGUUCCUAGAUAGAACAGAAGAGCUUGCGCUGUCCCAUUAUCGAGAGCAUUUGAAUAUUCAGGAUCCUGAGAAACGAAAAGAAUUUCUUAAGACCUGCAUUAGUUUGCCAUUUUCAGCAGAAGAUUCUGCACAUAUACAAGACCAUUACACACUCCUGGAACGGCAGAUCAUUAUUGAGGCUAAUGAUCGACAUCUAGAAUCUGCAGGACAGACUGAGAUCUUCCGAAAGCAUCCCCGCAAAGCUUCCAUCCUCAACAUGCCACUAGUGACAACACUUUUUUACUCCUGCUUCUAUCAUUAUGCGGAGGCUGAGGGGACAUUUAGCAGUCCCAUCAAUCUGAAGAAGACAUUUAAGAUCCCAGACAAACAGUAUGUGCUGACAGCCCUGGCUGCUCGUGCCAAGCUUCGAGCCUGGCAUGAUGUUGAUGCCCUCUUUACUACAAAGAACUGGUUGGGUUAUACUAAGAAGAGAGCACCCAUUGGCUUCCAUCGAGUUGUGGAAAUUUUACAUAAAAACUGUGCCCCUGUCCAGAUUUUACAAGAGUAUGUCAAUCUAGUGGAAGAUAUGGACACAAAGUUGAACUUAGCCACUAAGUUCAAAUGCCAUGAUGUCGUCAUUGAGACCUGCCGAGACCUGAAGGAUCGUCAGCAGUUGCUUGCAUAUAGGGGCAAGGUAGACAAAGGAUCUGCAGAGGAGGAGAAAAUUGAUGCCAUUCUCAGCAGCUCGCAAAUUCGGUGGAAGAAUUGAGUGACAUUAGCUGCCCGGAAACCUGCCUCAUUUCUUCCUUUCCUGCCUAUGGAAGUAGAGAGCUCUUCUUUGAGAGAGUUACAGCAUCAUAUCUCUUGGGCCUAUCAUCAACAAGCAAUGCCUGCUACUCUUGAGACAGAAACCAGCACCUGGGUACAGGUAGCUUCAGACUGACUUUCUGUCUAAGGCACAUUGUCUAAGAGCCAAGAUCUAAUGCUUUGACUCAUGAGAAAGAUACUCUCCACUUGGUGCUCAUGUGAAGGUGGGGGCCCACACUGGGUAAGAUCUCUCUUGUUUGAGAAGUGACUGCUCCAGAAAGGACGUUUCCUAGAGUAAGAGGAAGAGGUGACACAAGGUGGCUACUCGAUUCUACUCAGCUAAUUAUGGGUAUUAGCAGUUUUGCUAUGAAGGAAGUCAGAACAGAAACAAAAAGGCUGUCUUCCAAGGGCCUCAGGAAAGGGUGCCAAUAUUGCUCAGGACCUGCUGGACACACACCUAAACUGUUCUGCACAGAGCCCUCUACUUUAUGACAGACAUCUCCCAGAUGUGUGUUUCUUCAGCCAGAAUCCCUCUGCUGCUUCAGUCUACUCUUUGUCCAAAAAUUUAGAGUCCCUCUCUGAGCUGCACUCUGAGAUGACCUUAUUUGGGUGAUAAGAUAUCCCUCUUAUCUUUUCCUUCUCUCCCAGACCCCACAACUUGUAUGGAGCUCAGAUUCAGCAGUGCUGAAGAGCUCUCCCUUUAGGAAAAUUUCAUUAUUUCACUGAAAGUAUUCAGAAGUUUCACCUGGGCUAAACUCAAUAGCAUUUCUUUUAAAUACUUAGAUGGAGGUUUUAUUUUCACACUUAACUUUUGAGAAGAUAUUCUGUAAUGCUAGUUUGUUCCCUGUACCAAUAUCAACCUCUUUUCUGUGACUCAACUGGGCUUUCUUGAUAUGCCUAGCUUCUAAUAAAGCCAUUUCAUUCUUGGUGCCUUCUCUUCCCUGCCCAGUUGUUUUGUGCAAUAAUUGCUCCAUAUCUAGUCUGUGUCCAGGACUGCAUCCAGUGGCCUCUUAGCACCUGUCAGGGUGGUUAUGGCAAAGUUCAGCUUUGGGUGGUUAACAGCACUAAGCUGAGAGACAGAAGACCUGACUUGUUUUUCCACUUCUGCCACUGACAGGCUGUGUGGUCCUGGUGAGUCCUUUUUUUUCUGGACUUGUCUUCAGUGAAAAAUGGGGCAUGCUAUGCUCCUAUGUCUGGAAUGGUGGAAGUGGUAGGAAGAAAAUACAUGAUGCUCCUUCAGAGAUGCACAGUAUGCUUUAAAGUAACAUGGUUCUCAUCUGGGACAUUGGCCAUACCCAAAGAUAUUUUUAUUGCCACACUUGGGAGAGGCAAAGUAUAAAUACCCUGCAAUGCAAAAGACCUCCUCCCCAACAAAUUUUCCUUCCCAAAAUGUUGGAAAUACCAAUAUUGAGAAACCUUCUUAUAAGGAAAUUAGACUGCAUUUUUUGCUCCUCCAUUUUAUAAUCACCUUUGCAAUUCCAGGUAACCUCAUAUUUUGUUCCUUUCCUGAUUAUCCUUCCUGUUGAAGAAAUAGGAGUUUAAUUGCUAAGGUGUGUUAGAGUUAUUGGCUUACCUUCAGACAAACAGUGGUAAUUUAUUAACUAGUGUGUAUCAGUUACAGUUCAAUCAAAAAAGCAGGAGUGUAUAUAGGAGUGUAUAUACAUAAUCUAAUCUAACAUUUGUUACGGGAAUCUUAUUUAGGUAUGGCAGCUGGAUAAACAAUUGGCAUAAGAUGUUUGUUUUCAUGUUUGAUGGAAAAGCUUGAAAUUCUUAGAGCAGGUGGUUAGGAAGGGAAAAUGGAUGUAAAGUGAGAGAUAGCAUGGACAAGCUAGAACCCAUGAAAAUAGGCCUGGACUCAGCUUUAUCCUCACCAUCUCUAACUUUGAUGGAGUGGGAUCCUGCAGAAGAAGCUGGUGGCCUAGCAACUGUAAGAGGACCUGGGGAAGGACUAGCAGUUACAGGCCCAGCUGCUAUCCCACACCAACAAAGUACCCAACAUAUUGGCAACAAUGUGUGUGAACUAUAGAAGUGCAUGCUCCAGCCUGCAAGCUGAAAUACAAAGUAGUUGCUGUUGCAUUUCUGCCUCCUAGGUUUUUCACAAAAAUAUCUUCUGUGGUUCACCAUAAGUAGAAAUACAUAAGGAAGGGAAAGCUGGAGAAGAGUUCAGCCUGCCCAAGUCAUAUUGAUAUAAGAAAUGACAUAGGACCUCCAAAUGAUAUAGGGGAAAUAUAACUCCAAACCUAUUAGAUGUUUGAUAUGCCAAGUUCAUGUUCCCUAAAAUCAAAGAAUGAGCUUAAGAGUUGGAAAUAUUUAUUGAGAGGAAAGAUACAGUUCCUUAGAGGCAGGUGGGGACCCGAAAGUGGGUUGCCAAGGACCCCACAUCUUAGGGGAAGUUUUAUACAGGACAACCAAGUGAGUACAAUAAGUUAUAGCUAUGAUCAACCAAUAUGAUUAUAAGUAUAGUCACUUAGAUAACAGUCAAUCGGCAAGUAAGUCAUGUAGUAAGUGUACAUGGAAGGAACAAAGAACUUUUCAGGAAGAAGUGUCCAAGGGUCUUGGUCACACUGAGGUGACUGAUGUCUAUCUAGACUUCAUUAGACCAGUAUAUUACCACUUAUUUUAGGCCGGGUCAGUUUGUCUUUCUCUUGAGUCCUGGCUUCCAACAGUUGUGCCUGCCCCUACAGUUGUAAUGUUUUUACCUUUGUCCUGACUCUCAAGCUCUUAUCAGUGCCUAUAAUGUUUCUCCUAGCUUAGCUGUCUGUAAUAAUAUUACAAAUUAUAAAGCUACAACUGAGUCUCUGUUUUUGAGAAUCCAUAAAGGGUAGAACUAGAAUUCAUGUCUGUUCAACUGAAUAUGUGCUGCAUUAGUCA